AACCUCGCAGAGCCAUGCCGACCCGAGUGUGGCGUCGCUUCGAGGCAGCCCGAGGAUCCCUCAAGCUGAGGGUCGAAGAGUUGGCUGCGGAGCGGUACGAUGAAGCGGUGGCGAUGCUGCUGAAGCACUUUACUGCUGACGAGCCACCGUGCAAGCAUAUUGAGGUCCACAAGCACCCCGCAGCCCUAGCCGCACUCGAGCGGCUGUGGCGCGGCGCGCUGGCGCAGGGCGUGUCGGUGGCGUGCGUGGUGGAUGAUGAUGCAGAGGCUCCGGAGCUGGUGGGAGUCAACGUGCUCGCUGUGGCUGGACGGGAGGACAAGGAUGAGGUGUUUCAGUCGGACGACCCGGUCUGGGCGGCUCUAUACGGCGCAGUGGACCUGGUCUCCCGUUCCGUGGACAUCUGCCAGCACUUCGCGGUGCAGCGCUACCUGACGGCGUUCGGGCUGGUGGUGGCGCCGCAGUACAGGGGCAUGGCGGUGGGCAAGGAGAUACUGCUGGCCAGGAUUCCUUUGUGCAAGGCACUGGACAUCAAGGUUACAGCCACGGUGUUCACUGCUGCGGCAUCACAAUCGGUUGCUGCUAAGGCAGGUUUCAUCACCCUAUUCGAGAUAUCCUACGAAGAAUUAGCUAAACGGGGAUUCGUUUUUCCUGGUGUUGAGAAAUCAACUCGCUACUCUAAGCUCAUGGCUUUAGUAAUAGAAUAAAGGAGGGAAAAAAUGGGGCGGCCAAUAUCUUUCGGUUCGUAUUAGAUGGAAAACUGUUUUGGUUGCUGUUUAAUUUUAACUGUGAUAAUUACUGAUUUUUCUGUGAUAUAUUAAUUUAUUAU